AUGGCUAUUCAACAGGUUAACGCGGGUGGUAAAAUGAUGACUACCCAGUGCAGUGUCAAGGGGGAUGACCUCAUGGAAAGACCCAACUUUGUGGACCAGUUCGACAAGGAAUCUGCUACUACAAACUACAAUUACGGAAUGCCUUAUGACUAUGGAAGCAUCAUGCAGUACGGAGCAACGAGUUCUAUGCACGAACUCUCGCAGGAAUUUGCCAAAACUUGCUCAUUAUAUGACGUGUUUAUUGAUGAACUUGAAGAAGUUAUUGAACCUCUGCGUACUAAGAAAUACAAGAUGGAAAUUAUAACAGCUGAUGUUAAAUGCAUAUAUGGAAAUAAAUUCAUUUCCUAUAACUAUACAAUAGGAGAUAGUUCUAGAAGAAUUGAAGAACUGCUACUACUAGGGAUUAAUAAUUGA